ACCCAGCAGCCCCCGCCCGGUCCGGCAGAGCGGACGCUUAGAACUUGAAGAUGGCGUCUGUCGUACCACUGAAGGAGAAGAAACUCAUGGAUGUGAAAAUAGGGGAGCUGCCCAGCUGGAUACUGAUGCGGGACUUCACACCAGGAGGCAUUUUUGGAGCAUUUCGGAGAGGCCAAGGAGGGCGAGGAAGGCCAGAGAUGGACCUCAUGGGACUCGCUCGGCUCUUCUCCAGCCCCCGCCUUCUGGGACUGUCUGUCCUCCAGCAUCUCUGCCCACGCAGAGCCAGGUGGGCAGGAGGCAGAGAGGGGCCCUCAUGGCUGCAGGCUACAGGACUGACUUGGUCGACGCCAGCGGCCUUCAGCAGCUCCCUUUCAGAGCUGCCUCCCGGUCCAGGGAACCAGAAGAACACAGGUGGCCUCAGCUCUGACCUGAGCCAGCCCAGCCCCACGGCCACACCGGACGAAGAGGAGGAGGAGGAGAGCUUUGGGACUCUCUCCAACAAAUACUCUUCCCGGAGAAUGUUCCGCAAAUCGACGGCCCAGUUGUAUAACCUACGGAUCGGAGGACAGAGUGUGGAGGAAGAUGAGGAAAGGGAGCUGGAGCCAAAGUCAUGGCGGGGCCCAGGAAACAGCCCUUACUGGUACUUCUUGCAGUGCAAACGCCUGAUCAGGGAGGGGAAGCUGGCCGAAGCCCUGGACCUGUUUGAGAGGCAGAUGCUCAAGGAGGAGCGGCUGCAGCCCCUGGAGUGCAACUACACGGUGCUGAUCGGGGGCUGCGGGCGGGGUGGCUACCUGAAGAAGGCCUUCCGGCUCUAUAAUGAUAUGAAGAAGCGGGACCUGGAGCCUUCGGACGCCACAUACACAGCCCUGUUCAACGUCUGUGCUGAGUCGCCCUGGAAGGACUCCGCUCUGCAGAGUGCCCUGAAACUACGGCAGCAGCUCAGGGCCAGAAACGUUCAGCUCAACUUGAAAACGUACCACGCCCUGCUGAAGAUGGCUGCCCUGUGCGCGGACCUCAGGAUGUGCCUUGAUGUAUUCAAGGAAAUCGUCCUCAAAGGUCAUACAGUCACAGAGGAGACCUUCAACUUCCUGCUCAUGGGCUGCAUCCAGGACAAAAAGAUGGGCUUCCGAUAUGCCCUGCAGGUAUGGCGGCAGAUGCUGAGUCUGGGGCUCAAGCCGAGCCGGCACGGCUACAACCUGCUGCUGGGGGCUGCCCGGGACUGUGGCUUAGGGGACCCGGAGGUGGCCACGAAGUUGCUCCUGAGGCCCAUUGAGGAGACGGCCCUGCUCCAGUCCCCAGCAGGCAGGCGGCAGGCGAGGAAAAUAGCCCAGGCUGGGGUAGGAGGCGGCAUGUUGGCCAGGCUGCAUGUGGAGGCCCUGGAGAGACAGCUAUUUCUGGAAACUUCUCAGGCACUGGAGGGACCUCCAGAUCUUCAGGAGGCCCAGUCUGAGGUGGACACCACAGAAGAGCCCAACCACACAGUGGCCCUCACCCCUGUGGCCCUGCAGCCCUCUCUCACAGGGCUGAAGGCCAACCUCCUGAGCCUUGGGACAGUACCUCCAACUGUGGUCUCCCUUGGGACAGUGGCUACGCCAGCUGAUAGGCUGGCCCUGAUGGGGGGCAUGGAGGGUUUCCUGGGCAAGAUGGCGGAGCAUGGGCUCCAGCCCGAUAUCAAGACCCUCACGCUGCUGGCUGAGGUGGUGGCACCCGGCAGCCCCGAGGAGUCCUCGCUGCUGGCCACCCUGGAUGUGCACCAUGUGGAGGCGGACGUGACAUUCUUCAACACGCUAAUGAGGAAGAAGAGCAAGCUGGGUGAUCUGGAGGGGGCAAAGGCGCUGUUGCCAGUCCUGGCAAAGAGAGGACUUGUCCCCAACCUGCAGACUUUCUGCAACCUGGCCAUUGGAUGCCGCAGGCCAGGGGAUGGCCUGCAGCUGCUUGCCGACAUGCAGAAGUCCCAGAUGACUCCCAACACCCACGUCUACAGCACUCUUAUCAACGCAGCCCUCAAGAGGCUGGACUACGCCUACCUCAUCGACAUCCUGAAGGACAUGCGGCGGAACAACGUCCCUGUGAACGAGGUGGUCAUCCGCCAGCUUGAGUUUGCGGCCGAGUACCCACCCACCUUUGACCGGUACAAAGGAAAAAACACCUACUUGGAGAAGAUCGAUGGCUUCCGAGCUUACUACAAGCAGUGGCUCAAAGUGAUGCCAGCUGAGGAAAUCCCCCACCCUUGGCAGAAGUUCAGGAGCAAGCCCAAGCAGGGGGACCAAGGCUCCAUGAUGGAGGCUGAUGUGGACAGAGGUCUUGGGGGCAGGUGAUGGUGGAGGCCUCUGGCACCAGGGCACAACUGGGGAACAGUGCACGGACUCAAACAGUGCUUGGUGGCCGCCUGGGAGACCCUUUCAUAUUACAGUCUCGGAGUCAUGGAGAGGAAAGGCGUGGCCCAGGGUAAGAGCUGCAGGGUUUUGUAAGUGUUGCUAUGAUGACAAACGCUGGGGCCCCGGGAAGCUGACCAGCUGACAGCAGGUCCAAGAGCCACCCACACCAUCUUCAUAGGACAUCCUCACAAUCACCUAAGGAGCCCGUCCCCACGGC